AUGGCUCUGCUGCUGUUGAUGCUUGUCCAUUACUGCUGGGCAGGGCUCAGUCCUUUACCUCUAGUACCAGGUUUCCCCUUCCUGUUCUUGUGGAACGCUCCUACAGAACUCUGCCAGAGUCGCUUUGCCAUCGAGCUGGACCUGUCCUACUUCCAGUUGGUGAGCAGCACCUUAAAGUUAGCCACCAAUCAGAGUAUCUCCAUCUUCUAUUCUGACCGCUUUGGAAUCUUCCCUUAUGUGGACAAAGAAAGUGGAAAGCAUUAUGACAAUGGACUUCCACAACUAAUUAACUUCCAGAAGCAUUGGGAUCUCGCCAAGGAGAGUAUCAUCUUUUAUAUUCCAGAGAAUCAUCCUGGGCUGGCUGUACUGGACCUGGAGGAAUGGAGGCCACAGUGGGUCCGAAACUGGGGUAGCAAAGAUAUCUAUAGAGAAAAGUCUAUACAGGCCAUCAUGCAGAGCAAUCUCUCUAUUACUUAUGAAGAGGCACAGACCUUAGCAGUGAUGACAUUUGAAAAAGCAGCAAAAAAAUAUUUUCUCAAAUCUUUGAACCUUGGAAAGAAAUUGAGACCAUCACGUGAAUGGGGAUAUUAUUUGUACCCCGACUGUUAUAACUAUGACUACAACCUUAAUAUAGAGAAUUAUACUGGAGAAUGUCCAGAAAUUGAAAAGUCAAGGAAUGAUGAGCUGUUUUGGCUUUGGAAUGCUUCCACUGCUCUUUUCCCAUCCAUCUACUUAGAGCAUGUACUACAGGAAUCCAAACAGGGCAUGCUCUAUGCCCGUCACAGAAUUCAGGAGGCAUUAAGGGUUUCGGUGCUCCCCAACAAGACUCAUUCCAUUCCUGUGUAUGCAUACAUCCGCCUUUGCUUCAAAGACAGUGAGGACAACUACCUAUCUGAGUAUGACCUGGUGAACACUAUAGGGGAAGCUGCAGCUUUAGGAGCUUCUGGAGUCAUCGCCUGGGGUAAUAUGAACAUCACAAGCUCAGAGGCUUCCUGUACAGCUGCAAAACGCUACCUAGAGAAAGUCCUGAACCCUUACAUCUUGAAUGUCACCACUGCCUCACAACUGUGCAGUGAAGCCUUGUGCCAGGCUAAGGGAAGAUGUGUGAGGAAGGCAUGGGAAAAAGGAGGCUAUCUUCACUUGUCUCCACAAAGGUACCACAUCUGUAUGGACAACACAGGAGGGUUGCUUGUGAAGGGACAUCUGUCACAAGAGGAUGUUGAUUGGUUUGAGGAGAGGUUUAAAUGUGUAUGCUACACAGAGGAGCCUUGCUUUACACCCCUGUCACUGAAGAAAAUUUCCAGCUUUACAUAUAAUGAAGGUUUGUCCUUGUCACAAAUCUCGCUGGGCCCUUUGCUGGCCUCAGUUGUGAGUUCUGUGUGGGUUGCCAUGCUUUAG